ACAGUAGGUGACGGUAAAGCACCAUAACGUUGGAUGCCACCGCCGAUAAACACCACCGAAGAAGAAGAAGAAGAAGAAGAAGAAGAAGAAAAACAACGCUUCCUCUCUGGCAAUAGCAAGUAUUCAAUCAAGCCAGGAAAGAUGGCGAGCCGAGUCCUUCAGAAGGUGGGCAACGGCCUAAAACAGACGAGAAACGGAGUCCAGAUGAACGGACAAGUUAUACUUACAAUCAGGAGUCUAUCAGCGUCCACCAAUAAGAACCGUGAGGACAGCUGGUUCAAGUCUCUGUUCGUCAGGAAGGUCGACCCCAGAAAGGACGCCCACUCUCAACUACUGGCUAAGAAGGAAGACACCAACCUCUACAAAAUACAGUUUCACAAUGUCAAGCCCGAGUGCCUUGACGCUUACAACAAGGCAAGUGAGGAGGUUCUGCCCUCCAUCAAUGCUGACUCUCACUACCCCUGUGAGCUGAUUGGCACCUGGAACACAUGGUAUGGAGAGCAGGACCAGGCUGUUCACCUGUGGCGAUAUCGGGGAGGCUACCCAGCCCUGACAGAGGUCAUGAACAAACUCCGGCAGAAUAAGGAGUUCAUGGAGUACAGGAAUGAGCGGGGGAAGAUGUUGCUGUCUCGUCGUAACCAGCUGCUCCUGGAGUUCAGCUUCUGGAACGAGCCCACCCCCCGCCCAGGACCAAACAUCUAUGAGCUCCGCUCAUACCAACUCAGGCCUGGAACUAUGAUUGAGUGGGGAAACUACUGGGCUCGGGCCAUAGAGUUCCGGCAGCAGAACAGUGAGGCUGUGGGAGGGUUCUUCUCGCAGAUCGGCAGCCUCUACAUGGUACAUCACCUCUGGGCCUACAAAGACCUCCAGUCGAGAGAAGACACCAGGAACGCAGCUUGGCAACAUGAAGGCUGGGAUGAGGUUGUCUAUUACACAGUUCCGCUGAUCCAGCACAUGGAGUCCAGAAUAAUGAUCCCCAUGAAGACCUCCCCUCUGAAGUAACCCCUGCCAGCACCCAGGGGAGAUCCCGACUACCAAGCCCCCAUCACACUGAUAUGUAGACAACGUAACUGACCAACAAUGUGCUCUCACUGUACUUUCAGGAGUUUCAGCAAUGACAUCAACAUGCUUGACACUUCUGCUUUCACUUAUAUAUUUUUGUAGUCUUUCCUGUGUCGGCAUCAAAUGUCUUAUUUCAGUCAAAAUUACAUGCGUACAUAAUGUAGAUAGUAGGGCUCUAACCAGACUUGGAGAUGUUAUCAUUAAUUGUAAAUGACUAGUUGGACUGUGACUCUCCCAUACUGCUAGACAGGGGGACAGGAUAGGAACAGUUUCUCGAUGUAUUACAUGUGAAAUCCAGUGCUUUAUUAAGAAUCGUGUACAUAUUGAAUUAAACUUCUGAUGAAAGAUAA